GCACAGCGCUGGCACGAUGAGGCGGCCGCUGGAGCUGAUGCCGAGGCGGCCAUGGCUCCGUCCGAAGGGCAGAGCCCGGGAGAGCCGCCUGAGGCUGGGCAGGGUGCGCACCGCUCCGUCCUCCGGCGCCUCCUCCGCCAUGGCCGCCGCGGCCCGCCGCCGUCGUUCGAAUUUCUUCCCGUCGGCCCCCGCGCGGGGGCGCGCCCCCUCCGCCAUCUUUGAGGCGGGCGGCAGUGAGGGAAGGAGGCGGCCGUGGCGGCGGCGGCUGCUUCCCCUUUUUCCCCUCCGCAGCUCUUGGUUUUCACUUCGCGCAGCUCUGUGGCGCUCCUCCCCGUGUUUCGGGCCUAGGGGCGGCUGCGGGAUGGCGCUGCCCCGGCUGCUGGUGCGAGCGCUGCACCGGGCGGCCGCUGCCGCCGCACCUGCGGCUCCAGACUUCAACAGUUUUGUCACUCGGACCAACACGUGUGGAGAGCUGCGUGCUGCUCACGUGGGACAGAAAGUGACCCUGUAUGGAUGGGUUCAAUAUCAAAGACAAGGCCUGUUUCUAGUUUUGAGGGAUUUCCAGGGACUGACCCAGGUCAUCAUUCCUCAGGAUGAGGCACAUUCCCACGUGAAGGAGCUGCUGUCCAACGCCCCGGUGGAGUCUGUGGUGAGAGUCACUGGGACAGUGUCCCCUCGGCCCCUGGGGCAGGAGAACCCGAAAAUGCCAACAGGCGAUAUUGAAGUGAAGGCAGAGACUGCAGAGAUCCUAAACUCCUGCAAGAAGCUGCCUUUUGAAAUCAAGGAUUUUAUCAAGAAGUCAGAGGCCCUGCGGAUGCAGUAUCGGUACCUGGACCUGCGCAGCUUCCGGCUGCAGUCCGCCCUGCGGCUGCGCUCUCGCGUGGUGAUGAGGAUGCGCGAGUACCUCUGCAAUCUCCACGGGUUCGUGGAUGUAGAAACUCCAACUCUGUUUAAAAGAACCCCAGGGGGAGCCAAAGAAUUCCUUGUGCCCUCGAGGGAAGCGGGCAAGUUCUACUCUCUGCCACAGAGUCCUCAGCAGUUCAAGCAGCUCCUCAUGGUUGGAGGCCUGGACAGGUACUUCCAGGUCGCUCGCUGCUACCGGGAUGAGGGUUCACGGCCUGACAGGCAGCCAGAAUUCACCCAGAUAGAUAUAGAGAUGUCAUUUGUAGAUCAAGCUGGGAUCCAGAGGCUCAUAGAGGGCCUCUUGCAACAUUCCUGGCCUGAGGAAAGAGGCUCCAUUAUGAUUCCUUUCCCUUCCAUGACAUACGAGGAAGCACUGGCUGAGUAUGGGACUGAUAAACCAGACACUCGCUUUGGGAUGAAGAUCGUGGAUAUCAGUGAUGUUUUACGAGGAUCAAACAUUCACUUUUUGCAGAAUGCCCUCAGUUACCCAAGUGCUUCCAUCAGAGCCAUUUGUAUUCCUCAGGGAGUGAGAUAUCUUACAAAUAAAGACUUGGAGUCAUUGAAGGAGUCUGCAAAAUCCCAGUUUAACCAGGAAAUCAUGGAAAUUAUCCGCAGACCUGAUGGAAGCUUGAAGUCUCUGCUUACCAAGUUCCUUGGUGAGAAGGAGCAGUCAGAGCUCAUCCAAACACUGAACAUGCAGGAGGGUGAUAUGGUGCUGCUGGCAGCUGGAGAGCACAAGCAAGUGUGCUCUGCUUUAGGAGCCUUACGGUUGUUGAGUGCCAACCUCCUGGAGGCAGCUGGGCUGGCACUCCGUGAUCCCACAGCCUUUCACUUCCUCUGGGUGGUGGAUUUCCCCCUUUUCCUCCCCAAGGCCGAGAAUCCCACUGAACUGGAAUCUGCUCAUCACCCCUUCACUGCCCCUCAUCCUUCAGAUGCCAGCCUCCUGUAUUCUGAUCCCACAAAGGUCCGUAGCCAGCACUACGACCUUGUGCUGAAUGGCAAUGAGGUUGGAGGUGGCUCCAUCAGAAUUCACAGUGCAGAACAACAGCGUUUUGUGCUGGAGAAAGUGCUGAAGGAGGACUCCGAGGUACUUUCCCAUCUGAUUGAGGCUUUGGAAUUUGGAGCUCCACCUCACGGAGGAAUUGCUCUAGGACUUGACAGGCUGAUCUCUCUCAUUGUUGAUGCUCCAAGUAUCCGGGACGUCAUUGCCUUUCCAAAAUCCUUCAGGGGACGAGACCUGAUGGGCAAUGCUCCAGACUAUGUCACUCCAGAAGAACUAGAGCCAUAUCACAUUCAGGUUGCCUGGCCUCUUGAAGAAAAAGAGGCAAAGAAAAACUGACUUCACGCCAGUGGUCAGCAAGCUGUCAGUUUGGCUUUGUGACCCCUGGCCCCUCCAGGAGAUGACAAGAAAUCUGUGGGAGCACAGCAUGAGCUUCUGUGAGCUCUGUCUGUUCCUGCAAACCUGCUGCUACAGUGGUGAGUAAGGCAGCAGCAAGUUCCUCCCAGGGAACUGUUCAUCCCUGUCCCACAGCAGAACAUCCACAGUGCAGGGGUGACUGUUCUGAGGAGAGGUGGAAGUGAGGAAACUGAGGAAAAGAGUUUCCUAGAUGAAGAUUGUGCAAAGGAAGAAAAGGGAGAGCUCCUUUUCCAGUAGCGUGCUGGUGGGAUUCUCAGCAGCCAAAGUGCGAGUUGUUGUUAUUUCAGUUUAAAUUUUUUUUGUUUCUUAAAAGUUUCCAAGCCUAUCCAGAAUAUUUCAGGUUGAGCCAAGCUGAGGAGAAAUUGCAGCCUUUGAUUUCAGCUGGGACGGACAACAGGAGGCACAUGCCAGAGGAAGUGCUGGACAGAAGCACAGGACAGAAGGAAGACUGAGCUGAUAUUGAGCUCCAGCCUGUCCUGCAGGUUGUCAGAUCCUGGUCUGCUCCAAGGGUUGGCCACUCUUUCAGUCUCCACAUCGUGGGAUAACACUGCAUGGUGGUGUUCACAGUUGUUAUUUAAAUACUGAACUGUCCUGUUGAUAAGAAUCGGUAAUGCAGCUCUUCUCCUUAAGGGUGGUUUUUGGGUUUUUUUGAGUACCAUCCAUAGAAAGUGACACCAGAGCUGACUUGCUGCUGCUUUGCAGAUCAUAAAAUGAUGGAGUUACUUGUGUAAAAGAAAAAUACUUCCUUUGCUUCUGGCAUGAUUGUUACUUUCAGUCUCAGAGCUAGUUGAAUAUUAUUUAAGGCAAAACAAAACAAUCCUGGAUUUGUAUUCACAUUCAUUGUAGCCAAACACUGAAUUCCUUCAUUUUUUCCUUAUAUGGGCUGUUCACUUCUACUUGAAAUCAAUUCAUCUGUAGUUAAUUUUUUUUUCUUUCUCUGAGUAGAAGCUGUCAGUAAUGGAGUGAGGAUCAGUUUUCAGAGAGAAGCUGACCUGAAAAAUGGAUCCCUAAACAGAUCCAUGAUAAACUUUAUGAUCUUCGUGGGUCCCAUCCAACUGAGGACAUUCUGUGACUUUAAAAGCAGUUAUUUAAUUUUUGUUGUU